ACUUGCAAGUAGCAACUUGAAAAGUUUUGUUUGAAGCUGUUUGAAGCUAACGGACUAUUCAAAUCUGUGAUUUAUCAAGGGAUUUAGAACUAAAUGAACGUAAAACAACUGCUUGAAAGUAUUAGUCUGUGUAUGGUUUAUUAAUUUUUUUAUAUUCUUAUUGUACAAACUAUAAAUCCAGUGAAAUGUCGCAACAACAAACCAAAAACUGCAUAACCCUGCGUGGUUCCGCACAAAUUAUUUGCGAAUACCUGAAAUUCGCUAUCAACUCUGUAUUGUUCCAAAGAGGCUUAUAUCCACCAGAAAGUUUUAAAGCCGAGCAGCAGUAUGGUCUAACGCUUUUAAUAUCUGAAGACCAACAAAUUAAGAACUUAACAAAUUUACUCACCCAGAGUGAAGAAUGGAUAGUAAAUAAGAAAGUGAGCAAACUGUCUCUCAUUAUAUUAAAUGUGGCCAACAAAGAGGUCCUUGAAUGCUGGGAUUUCAAUGUUCAAUAUGAAGAUGGAGACACCGCACUGUCCAAAGAGAAAAACGAAACUGUUGGAAGCAAAGACUUGAAGAAAAUCCAACAGGAAAUUAGAGAUGUUAUGUUGCAAGUAGCAGCAACUAUAUCAUACUUGCCAUUCUUAGACUGUAGGUGUUCGUUUGAUGUUCUAGUUCAUGCAAGGACAGAUUGUGAUAUACCUGAGAAAUGGGCUGAGGCUGAGCCUGUAGCGAUAGCAAAUGCUCAGAAUGUUCAGCUCAAAUCCUUCUCUACCAGCUUACACAAGAUGGAGACAGUAGUUAGCUAUAAACUUGUAGAUUAAGAUGUUGACUGCGGUUUGUGCAAAAGUUGUUUUAUUGUGGACGUAAUGUGCGUGUGUCUAGCAGACAGCUGAAGUGUUCUCUUAUAUCUAUCUCACUCAUUCACAUUGCUCAACAAAAUGCCAGUGAGACACACAGAUUGCUUGUGGUGGCUGCUUUGGUGGAUACUUCAUUCUAUUGGUGCCAUAGUCAAUGUGGUUACAUGCCAGUUUUUUGCACAAUAAAAUCUACACAUUUUUCAAUAGAACUUAUAUGAGAUGUAAAUCUGCAGUUUUUAUUAAUUAUGUUUCAAGAUUAAUUUCCUAAGAAAAGCACAGAUAGUUCAGCUAGCUAAAGUGUUAGAGGUAGAGUUAAUAGCUUAUAAGACUGAACAGAUUGGGUAGAAAAGAUAUUGAGCAAAGUACCAUGUACCAGCUACUACAUCAUUGCAUGUCCUACAAUGUAAACAGAUAACCUCAUAAAGGUCGCAAGACCCUUAAGCUUAAUUUCUUUGCAUGAUAUAUAGAAAUACAGUUUAUUAUCAAAGGAUAAAAAUCAAAAUACUAGAUCACAAGUCAUCUUUGAAACACGAUGAAAACUGAGGGGCCUAUGAACCAUAAUUGCCAAUAAAAUCUUGUCAUAUCUACAGAUUGUUUUCCGCUUAUGUAUGGAUUAAAUGUUGUGCUAUUAAAGGUGAUAUAAGGGUUUGUCUGUAAGUUCUAUUGAUAAAAAUGUUUUUGUACUGUGUGAUGUAUCUAAUGUUUUUAGGCUCAAAGGAUGCAAUCACAAUAUCUCACUUUUUAAUUACACACACAUUUGAUAUUAGUAUCAAUAUGGGACCAUUUUUUAAAAUAGUACUAUGAUCUAAAUCAUAUUUUUGUAAAGGUAGAUUCUGUGUAAAGCAUUAAAUAAAUUAGGAAACUUGGAGCCAAAUUAUAAUUCAAAAAAACCACUUCUUCACUUUCCUAAAAUUAAACUAUCAUAAUGUUUUAAUUCUGUUUUAACUACUUGAAGAUGUUAAAAGGAACCAGUGUAUAAAUAAUAUUUAAUUGGUAUUUUUUUACCACUUGACAUUAUAAUAUUAAAAUUUUACUAUUGUAGUAAGAAAUAAAAUCACUUAUUAGUUAUUAGAAGGCAAUGGCUUUUGAAACAAAUGUGAAAAUAAAGCCUCUUGUUCCGUUUUUCUUCACAAAGAUUUUAACGAAUUAAUAUACAUUGAUAGUAAAACACACAAUUUAAAUGUUUUUAUGGUAAUUCUGAAUCAUUUUCAUAUAGUACUAAAUAUAGGAUAAACAUACUCAAUAAAGUUUGAAAUUUUUACUUUAUUCAAUCUUAUACAGUAUUGUAAAUAUUAACUUAAGUAGGUAGGUAGCGAAGUAAAAUACCAUACAUUCAUUUUUAGAUGACAGUAAGUAGCUUUAAGUAAGUGUUAAAUAAAAUGUUUUUUUUUUUCUAUA